AUGGAGCAAGCGGUAAAUAAGGAUUUUACCGACAUAAAAUCUUCUAUUAUGCUGUGGGUUUACGAAGUUUUAGUAGUUUUAUUUAACGAAACCGGGGCAUUUCUUAUAAAAAUGGGAAGAGUAGCAUUACUGACUGAAACCAGCGUAUCAGUUGUUGAUGACUGGUGUUACUGUUCGGAGGUGAUGACCGAAUUUUGGAUGACGAAUCUCCCGCCGGAGAUUACGUCCCGGCCGUUAACAUCGUUGGUGAUUCCAGGUUCCCAUGAUUCAUGCGCCAACGUUCUCUUUGCGCAGUAUCCGGUUGCCAAUGAUGCCACCAACACCAUCCAGCGGUUUGGCCGUAUGCCGUACGGACGACAAAUUAUUCGACGUUGGGCACUUACACAACGUCUCAAUAUGUGCGAACAGCUGGAAGCAGGGAUCAGAUAUUUUGAUAUGCGAAUCUCAGUACCAAACUGCAGUUUGGUCAAAGGUAUACGGGUAUUACAUGCACUUUAUGGCAGAGAACUUCAAGCGGCGCUUACAGAAAUAAAUGAUUUUUUGAAAAAACAUCCUAAAGAAGUAAUCAUAUUGGAUUUCAAUCACUUUUAUAAUUUUGAUACAGAAUCUUGUAAAAGUUUUUUAAAAAUUCUUGAAAGUUCGUUUGGUCUGAAUCGUUUUUGUCCAAGACGCCAGGCAACGGAGGUUUCACUGAACUAUAUGUGGGAGAAUUCAUAUCAAAUUAUUGCCAUUUGUGCAAAUUUAACGUGCACUGGCGAAACAAACUGGGUUUGGGGUUCUGAAUGUAUCCUUAGUCCGUAUCCGAAUGUUAAUCGACUUGAUUUGUUGUUUCAAAUUCUUGAGGAAACCAUGAAACAUCAUCGAGAGGCUCCGUUAAACCGUUUUUACGUAACACAGGCAAUUUUAACUGCGCGAAUUCGAGAUGUUUGUUUACAUCUGUUUUCGUCGCUGGAGGAAGUAUUUGCUCGAAAAUGUACUCAAAAAGCUAUUACGUGGAUCUCUGAUUAUCCAAAACCGUCAUCUUUUAAUAUCAUUAUAUGUGAUUUUGUUGAAAUCGAUAACUAUUGUAAAUCUGUUAUUGGCUUGAAUUACAAAACUGAUUUGUGA